GACGUCGGGCCUCUCCACCGCGCACGUUGCACGACGUUCAGUUAACCGCCGCGCGCGUUGGUGUGCAGACACAAACUCAAACUCCGCGAACACCAACAAUUCAAAUCCACUACAAACCAACCGUCGCGCUUUCAUAUUUCAUAUUUCUGCGCAUUCUAUUCGCUAAAUUUAUUUAUAACAAACUGAAAGUGAAACAAAUGUGCUGGAAGUUAAAUUGAGUAAAAUUAAUUUAAUCGUCAUGUAAACACUUCCAAGGUGUGCCAAGGUGACUGUAUGUGUGUUUUCUGUUCUGUGCGCGGAGACAAUUUAAUUGUUUCAUCAUUUUCCUCUCUGCGUGCGCACGCAACGAUGUUAAAUUACGAUCAAGAUGAGGAUCAUGACACAACACAAUGCAUACACAUCUCGGAAACUCAUCGGCUGAAUAAAUAAUAGACUUGUUUGUUAUUUGUUGUGCUGUGUUGUGUGUGUGUGUGUGGAUGAUGCAAGCAAGCGGGAACGGGAAUUAACCAGGCGACAAUCGAAGCACUUUUAUUUUUAUUUAUUUUUUAAAUUUUGUAUUUGUGUGAUGUUUUUAUAAAUACACGAAGAAGUGGAAGGAUGGAGAUGAAGAAAAAAUGAAAAUCGGCAACGCUGCGUGAACGCUGCUGCAUACCACUGCGACGCUAACAGGUGUUUACAAACAAACACGAGAAACGUGCGCAAGCGUUACCAGGCAACUAUAUCACCAGAAUGUUACCCACGUCGUUGCUCACCGUUGGUAUGAUAAACGAUGAACCAGCGGUCGCCACCCACGCGUCCACCGGCGGCGAUUACAGAUCGGGUGCAGUCAGUCCGACGUUGACCACCACGGUUACCAUGAUGGUUAAUAUGGGUAAUGGUCAUCGCAAUGCCGGACACUCGAAUAAUACGACGAGUUCUUCUUCUGUGCAUAAUGAUACUUUACCAACGUCUAAUGGAAGAACUAAAACGAAAUCUGUGGCGAUUGUUGCACCGCAACGGAGCAACAGUCUGGAUUAUUUGAAUUUCGAAGAAAGGCGGCAGUUAAUCGCAUCGUCUUUAUCACUAUCUGAUUUUUUGCAAUCGGCUGCUUGCAAUGGCGCCAAUGGGAAUACGGUGAAUAAUAAUCAAAAGGAAACAAAUGGCGUUGCUGCAGUGUAUGUUAAUAGUGCCAAAAAACAAAAUGGGAACGCGUUCCGAACGAAUAGCCUCGGGAGCGGCACGAGGACGCCGCCCCUGGAGCGCAAGAGUAAACUGUCGGCGCUGGGCAAGUUCUUCAAGCCGUGGAAAUGGAAGAGGAAAAAAAAGUCGGACAAGCUGGAAGCCGUAUCGCGAACGUUAGAACGUAAAAUCUCGGUCCGAGCCAAUCGUGACGAACUCGUCCAGAAAGGUAUUUUAUUACCGGAGAGUCAAUUCGCGCCCAUCUCCGAACCAGGAGAACCAAUUCCGUCUCCAAUGUAUCCAAAUCUAUCGUCGUUGAAUUCGAGCUCAACGACUACGACGACGAUGAGCCAAGCAAAGUACCAGCCUCAGCAGCAGCAGCAAGCUGGGCAUCAGCAGCAGCAGUCACAUUAUCUGCAACAACCACAGGGACAGCAGCAGCAGCAACAGCAAAGUCCGCAGGGACCGCCACCGGCGUAUCCUUCGCUGCCGCCCUAUUCACACUUCCAACAUUCGAUGCUCCAGCAGCAGUUGAUGCAGAAUGCCCAGUUUAACGCCCAGGCUGGUGCUAACAAUAUGGCAAAUUCCAAUGAACCGAAAAAAGACAAGACUGAUGGAUCAGCACACAAUAACGGCGCACUGUCGCCGAACGGCGAGAUGCCCUCGCCGACGAUGCAGCCACCUGCGUACGGUGAAACGCCCGGCAAGCCGGAGCGCCCGAAUUCGCUAGGCCCCGGCAAGCUGACGCGCCGCCUCCUCUGCUAUCACAGCGAACACUUUUCAGAUGGACCACAGGGCCCGCCCGGGAGCACGCCGCCGCCGCAUGAGCGCCACCCGCAUCCGGUGCUGCCGCCGGUGGCGCCGUCGUUUAUGCUCUCCGAGCUGCCGGAGCCGCCGAUCCCCGUCUCCGAGAUUGGCCCCAUCCCGCCGCCGCCGAUGUUCAGCUCGCCGAGUCCGGUGCCCGUCCAUCGGCAGCCCAGUCCUCUGCCGCCGCAGCAGAUGGGCGAUUAUGAUUAUGAUGAUCAGGACGACGAUGACGACGGGAUAGAUCCCGAGGACGACGAUUAUUUGUACCGCAUGCCCCAACCAGACCCCACCAUAGAUACCAAUCGAGUGGACGAGAUUCCGGCGAAGGAGCCAAAGUUCAACGCAAUGCCGUUGAAAUCCGCGCUGAAGAAAAAGGGCAGUGGGAGUGGACCCGGCACGCCCACACAGGAAACCCGGCAUGUGACCAUGAGGAAUCAGGAACAUGUCACAUUCAAACGUGCUCAAAUUCGGCCUAGGAUGCGCAUCUGUGGCAAACCCGGGAAGUUUGGUCUGCCGUGUACGAUGGAGAACAAGGAAAACACCCGACCGUAUGUGAUACGCGAGAGCAACGACGAUGAUGGUCAGGACGGUCCGAUUCUCUAUCGCGAUGAUGACCAUAGUCACGAUGAUAACCGGCUAGCGGUGAAGAUCGCCCGUAAAGAGAGUCUAUCGUUGAAGCUGUCGUUACGGCCUGACAGGCAGGAGCUCAUUAAUCGCAACAUCCUACAAAUGCAGUCCGAGAACGAGCGGCAGGAGAGCAAGGAGGCAAUCGGAGCGCGUCUAAUUCGCCGAUUGAGUAUGCGGCCAACACAGGAGGAGCUGCAGGAACGUAACAUUCUCAAAAGAACUACGCCCGCCGAGGAGAAGAAGCAGAAAGAGGAGAAGAAACGAUUCCUGCUGCGAAAGCUCAGCUUCCGGCCGACGGUCGAGGAGCUCAAGGACAAGAAGAUCAUACGCUUCAACGACUACAUCGAGGUGACGCAGGCGCACGACUAUGAUCGACGCGCGGACAAACCGUGGACCAGGCUGACGCCGAAAGACAAAGCUGCCAUAAGGAAGGAACUCAAUGAAUUCAAGAGCUCGGAAAUGGCUGUGCACGACGAGAGUCGUCAUUUAACAAGAUAUCAUAGGCCUUGACAAUUGCAAGGCGCGCUAAUAGAAGAAAUACUAAGAAAACUAAAUUCUGUGAUGGGCAUAGUUGUCAUUAGUAGAACUCAAUUUUCCCAUAACUGCUUGUUCGUUUAUUAAACUUCUGAUAAGUAUACCAGAGCGAAAGUAAGAGAAACAAAACGCAAAUGGUUACAAUACCGAAUAGAACAAUUGUAAUACACUAAACUCACAACACAGGACUAUUGGGCAAACGUAGUAAUGGGGAAGAAACAAAUGAUUAAUAAAAACACAUGCAUAUAUAUUAUAUAUAUACGAAUCUAUAAGAAAUAUUCAAAUUCCGAGAAGACACAUGGAAAAUAUUCAAUUGCGAGAUAUUAUUUGACUUCAUUAGCUUUUUACCUCGACGGUUACAUUAAAUUAGAAGACGAUAAGAGGUUGAAAUGUUGACCCGAACGUUGUGAAGAUCUACUACCUAAAAAGCGCAUAAAUACUUGUAAUAAUUGAGUAAGUGACGAACGAGAAGAAACCUAACAAGCUGUUUUUUUGUACAUACAAAAUGUGAUUUUCUAUUACUACAUAUAACAAGAUUUAAUUAGACAUAUUAAUGUAAGAGUAAGAAAUGGCUAACUUGAUAAGCGAUAACUUGAGGAACGAGAAACAAUGAAUUUUAGAUAGAACAAAAGAAUGGCGGAUUUGCAGCAAAUGGUUAUAACAUUUAUAGAUGUGUAAAGCGUAAAUAAUUCAAAUAAUCUUUACAAAUAAGAUGAUAUGGAUGGCACAGUGUGAAACGAAAGAAAUUUGAGAUUGAGAAGAGAGAAAUUCAUUCCAAACCGAUUGGAAGCGCAUACAGGAACAGGAGAAACAUCCAUUUACGGAUCGUUUUACCGAGUGGUAAUCAUGCCUACUCGGCGUUAUAACGUACUGAACGCCCUGUAUAUAGUUUGCAAGCAAUUGCAGAGCGAUGGGAACGCGAGUUUGAAGCACUUGAUGAUCAAAUUUGUACAUAUGUAGCAUAAAUUACUUAGGUUCUCGUUCAUUUUAAAUAAGACAAAACUGGAAGUGAUGAAAAUCAAAAUACUACAGUCUACACGAAGAAGACGCCCGCAGUUAGAACGUGUAUUUAGAGAAUACCACCCGCAAUAUCUGAUCGUUGAUAUGAUACGAACAAAAACGAGUUUUACUUUUUGUCUUUCUGUUUUGAUAUUUACUAUGAUUCGUUACUUUGUGCGCCAUUUUGUUUUGCGGCUCACACUUGCUAAAGAUGCAAUUUUAACAUUGCCGUACUAUUUUUAAUGUUUGUCCUUGGCUUAAUUUAUUCGAAUUUACAAGACAAUCUAUCAACAAAUUCAAUCACGCGCUUGCUAGCGACGUGCGGCAAUACGUUUUUUCUUCUACUUGUUCUUUGUUAGCGUAAAUUUAUUGCGUUUUAUUCUUGCGAAAUGAAACAUUUACUAUACAGCUACAGUAUUAAGUUAGAACAUUUUUUAUUUGCAAGACGCAACUGUAACACGUCUACUUGUAAGUUUUUAAACGUAUCGAUUCAUUCAUUGUAUUUUCCUGCAUAAUAUUAACCAACCCAACACGUUGUUCUGGGUUGAGAGAACCGCCGAUGUUCACACACACACAUCUACCACACCAAAACAGAACCCACACACCGAGAGAACAAAAUGGAAGCGUUGAUUAAAUUAUUAACAUUAAUUAAAAUGUUGAAUGUAUUACUUAGUUAUACCUUUGACCAUUAAAGUUACAAUUUUACAUGA